UUUAUUUUUUGAACUUUUAGGUAACUACGCAGGUGCUUAAAAUCCCAAAAAAAAAGUCUUGUGAAUAUAUUUAAAUCUUCUUCUCAAAUUACACAUAUCGUAAUAACAUUUUCCACAUACCACACAUACCACACAUCAAAUCAAAUCAUAUCAAAGAUGGUCGUCAAAGAAUAUGUGACCUAUAACCAGGUAUGCAUGCAGCAAAACAGAAGCUCAAAAAUGCCCCUCUGACCUCAUUAAUCCUGCCCCUCCGAGCAAAACCGCACACUGACAAUCUUCCAGGUCCACAAACUAUGUCAAGAAGCCGCACCACGAAUUCUCGAUGAAUUUCAACCUCAACUUAUGAUUGCUAUUGGUGGUGGCGGAUAUGUUCCUGCGCGAAUCCUCCGUUCGUUUUUAAAACAGCCCGGAAGUCCUAAUAUUCCCAUCCAAGCUAUCGGGCUUUCGCUAUACGAACAACUUCCUUCUACACACCCUUCUUCUUCGAAUACUCCCGGAGAGGUGGAGCAAUUGGGCACAAAGGUUACGAGAACUCAAUGGUUGGAUUUGAAUAGUUUGGGUAAUAUGGAGAAUUUGGUAGGAAAGAGGAUUUUGAUCGUCGAUGAAGUGGAUGAUACAAGAACCACUUUGGAGUAUGCUGUUAAGGAGUUGGAGAAGGAUGUCGAGCUUGCUAGACAAAAGUUGGGUGGUCAAGGAGAGAAGACUGUUUUCUCUGUCUUCGUAUUACAUGUGAGUAACUUUCUGGGUUUGGAUAUACAUCUUUAAGGAGGAAAUUUACUAACAUUUUUGCGUCAACAGAACAAGAAUAAGGAGAAGAAGGGUACGCUCCCUGCGGAUAUGUUGAAAGAUAAUAGAUAUCUCGCUGCAAGAACCGUGGAGGAUGUAUGGAUUUGUUAUCCUUGGGAAGCGCAAGAUAUUGAGGAACAUGAUGAAUUGGCUCGCAAGCAACCUACUCAAUAGAAUUUCACCUCGUAACUUUAGUGUUUCGAAAAUCGAAAUAAAGUAAAAUCCACAUCCUUGGCUUUGUCCCUCGACCUUUCGGGCAAAUGUUA